UUAGUCCAAAGACACGAGGCCUGGGGGUACUGGUUCUCAUCCGCGUGAAACCUCCCAAAUUGCCAAACCCUAGUCCAGCCACUUUUCUGCUUCAAAUACUGCAAAACGCGCUCUAACUUCUCUCCGAACUUCUUUGAUCUGUCAAAUCGACUAUCGAACACUCUCCGCUUCUGCCCUAAUUCCUGGAAUUCAGAUUCGUAAUUAGUUCGGACAUUGAUUUUUCAAACAAGUCAAAGAGUUUUGGGGGUUUUAUGAAUGUUAAUGUGAAUUAAGAAUAUUUCGAAUCAAUUCUUUCGCUGGAUAUUGUAUCUUUCAAGAGAGCAGAGGCGGUCUUAGGUUUAAUUUGAGGAUUGGCUCUGUGUGUACAAGUUAAAGGGAGAAGAGAAGGUGAAGCCGAGAAGAUCGAAUUCAACACUCUGUCUCUGUGAUCCGAGCAGGAAGUUCAAGAAUUUGGGAUCCAUGUUAAUGUUGUUUAUGUCCUUUUCAUGAAGCACUGACCCAUGGAUCCUGAAGGCAAUAAAUUUGGAACAGGACCAAGGGAACUGACUGGCGCUGUUGAUCUUAUAAGCCACUUCAAGUUGUUACCCCACCAUGACUUUUUCUGCAAGCGCGCACUUCCUGUAUCAAUUUCAGAUACACAUUAUCUUCACAAUGUGGUGGGAGACACAGAAAUCAGGAAAGGUGAAGGGAUGCAGUUGGAUCAGGUUAUUCAGAAUGCAUCCUAUUCCAGGGAUACGAAUGCCCGCAUACAACCAUUUGAGUUUGAUAUUCUCAGGGAGGCCUUCUUGCUGAGGGAAACUGCUCCCAUUGAGUUGCCUCCUGCAGAGAAAGGGACUCCUACAAUCGCUGGGAAAUCAAAGAGUGAGUCCAAGGACAAGGAAAGGAAGCAUAAAAAGCACAAAGAUAAAGAGAAGGAUAAGGAUUAUAAGAAGCACAAGCACCGCCAUAAGGAUCGAAGUAAAGAUAAAGACAAGGAGAAAAAUAAAGAUAAAAGUGGGCUUGUUAAUCCUGGUGCUGAACACUCGAAGAAACACCAUGAAAAGAAAAGGAAACACAAUGGAGAUGAAGAUCUCAAUGAUGCUCACAGACACAAAAAAAGUAAGCAUAGGAGUUCCAAAAUUGAUGAUAUGGGUGCAAUAAAGGUAGCAGGUUGAAAUUGUGGCAUACAAUAUUUCGUUGUAGUCUGAAAUGGUUGUCGCUGAGAAUUUUGAAGGGUUUUUAGCCUAAUGUUGUCAAAUUGCUCGAGUGACUUCUGAACUGACUAAAGAAUGUGAUGAAGAUGAAUUCACCGGAUGAAGGGUAUUAAUGCAAAGGUAAAUGAAUUGCUGAAAGAACUUUUUGUAACAUAAGAAUGUCAUGGUAUAAUUUCUGGUUUUAGGUAAGACUGGAUUUUUUUUUUCCCUUUUUUGGCUCACUUUUAUGGUGUAGUGGAUAUUUCAGCCUGUCAAUUGCAAUCUUUUUUUGUCCUUUUUCAGAAGCAGUCCAAUGCUUUAGUCGAUUAUCAGUUAGAAUCAGAAUUUUCUUCCUUUUGUGGUAGGAAGAUUAGCUCUAAGAAAUACAAAGGGGAUUCUGUAUAUAUGGUUUGCUUUCUUUCCUAAUCAUGGUGAUGCCCAAAGGGUAGAGUCGUAGAGAGGACCUAGGGUUGCAAUAAUCGUAGAUAGGAAAUAUUCUUUGUAAAUAAGGCAAGUAACAGUGGGUUAUUGCUGUAACAUCAAUACUGCACAUUGAUAUUAUUAUUUGGCGAAGCAGUUUCGAGUCUUUUCUGUGA